GUGUAUGCGACGGCGCUUCAAAAGAAAGACAGAAAGCAAAAAAAAAAAGAAGCAGAAAAUAAAUAUACAGUAAAUUUUCUUGUGCACGUUGUUCAGUCAGUCGGCAGAGUUAGCGUCAGUGUGUGUGUUUAUUUUUUUUUUGGGACAACACACGCACAGCACACACUGCCCACACACACAAACACACACACACAGUUGUUGUUGUUGUUUUUUUUUAGUUGACUUUUUUUUUGUACGAAAACUUUUUACUCGUUGUGCUUAAGUCGGUCUUGGGCAGCUUAAAGAGCGCAAGCAAGCGAGAGCGAGCCCCCCCAAUACACACAGACGCGCACACACAUACAUAGAGAUCAGUGCAGCAGCAGCGAGCAGCAGCAGCAGCGGCAAAGCAGCGCAAACUUGUUGAACGCGAGAGUCGCACACUCUGAUGUGCAUUCUCAAGUUAGAGACUCGAGCGUUAUGUUGGACAAGUGACGUGUAAAAGACAAGAAAGCAACAGAGUAAACAGUUAAAACUGCCAUACAAAACAUUAAGAACAAAUAUAAGCAAACAAAUAUUACAUAUAUUUUGUUACGACAAGUUGAAAAUUUUGUACAAGUGCCAAAAUGUUUGAUGUCUUUGGCUCCGUCAAGGGGCUGCUGAAGAUCGAUCAGGUCUGCAUCGAUAACAAUGUCUUUCGUAUGCAUUAUAAGGCAACGGUAAUAAUAUUGAUUGCCUUCUCGCUGCUGGUAACAUCACGUCAAUAUAUUGGCGAUCCCAUCGAUUGCAUUGUGGACGAAAUACCGCUGGGCGUUAUGGAUACCUAUUGCUGGAUUUAUUCAACGUUUACGGUGCCGGAACGUCUGACGGGCAUUACCGGACGCGAUGUGGUGCAGCCUGGCGUCGGUUCGCAUGUGGAUGGCCAGGAUAAGAUCAAAUACCACAAAUACUAUCAGUGGGUAUGCUUUGUGCUAUUCUUCCAAGCCAUCUUGUUCUAUGUGCCGCGCUAUUUGUGGAAAUCCUGGGAAGGCGGACGCUUGAAGAUGCUUGUCAUGGAUCUGAACAGUCCCAUUGUCAACGAUGAGUGCAAAAACGAUCGCAAAAAGAUAUUGGUCGACUAUUUCAUUGGCAAUCUGAAUCGUCACAAUUUCUAUGCAUUUCGCUUCUUCGUCUGCGAGGCUCUCAACUUUGUCAAUGUCAUAGCGCAAAUCUAUUUCGUGGACUUUUUCCUCGACGGCGAAUUCAGCACCUACGGCAGUGAUGUGCUCAAGUUUACCGAAAUGGAGCCGGAUGAACGCAUCGAUCCGAUGGCGCGUGUCUUUCCCAAGGUCACCAAAUGCACCUUCCACAAAUACGGUCCAUCGGGCAGCGUACAAAAGUUCGACGGUCUCUGCGUGCUGCCGCUGAACAUUGUCAACGAGAAGAUCUAUGUGUUCCUCUGGUUCUGGUUCAUCAUUCUGAGCAUAUUAUCGGGCAUAUCGCUGGUCUAUCGCAUUGCCGUCGUCAUGGGUCCCAAGGUGCGCCAUCUGUUGCUGCGCGCACGCUCCCGUCUGGCCGAGAGCGAUGAGGUCGAGCUGGUGGCCAACAAGUGCAACAUUGGUGAUUGGUUCUUGCUCUAUCAGCUGGGCAAGAACAUUGAUCCGCUAAUCUACAAGGAGGUCAUUUCGGAUCUAUCACGCGAAUUGGGCGGCGAUGGUCAAAGCGCACACAAGCAACCAUUUGAGGCCUAAGCCGACCAACUGAAGCUUGGAGAAGAAGUAGAGAGGAGCAGCAGCCCCAACUAACAGGCCAGGCGGCGUGCCAACGGCCUCGCAUGCUGCCAUUUAAAAACAAUAACAAUUAAGCUUAGAGUGGCCUUUUAGCUAAAGACGGAGCUAAUGAACACACAUAUCAACGAAUUCCAUGAUAAAAAUAAAAGACAAAUAGCUUGUGUAUUUUCAAACGGCAUUUGAAAAAACAUUUGCAAGCGACGCAAGUUCAGUUCAGUACAGAAUAACAAAUACUAGCCUAUAAACCAAUCCACCCCACCAUAAUAAUUGGCAGCUGUGAAAGAAGAAGAAGAAGAAGAAGAAGUAACAAGGACAAUCAAUAAAACAGGCUGCUAAAAUAAAAAUAUAAAACAAACAGGAAAUGGAAGCCAUAAAAAGGAAUCCUAACUCUAACGAUAAAAGACAACAAAGUGCAAGCAUUUUUUUAUAUAGAAAUAUAUAGUAUAUAUACUAUAUAAAUAUAUACGCCACACUAUACACAUUAUAUAUUAUAUACUCGUAUAUAUUUAUGAAUGAAAUGCCACAUGCGAUUAAUAUUUAUGCUAAGAGUUGUGAUCAUUGAUUAAGCAGUUUAUUUAAAUUUAAACAAACGAAAAAUUGAAAGAAAUUUUUAAAACGCAUAUACAACAAAUC